AUGGUUCAAUUGGUCAAUAGGUUCACUUUAGCCUGUUUAGACUCGACAAAUCUAGAUGAAAAAAAUGACACAUUACUGCAAUGUACUUGCGAUUUCCGCAUUAAUUUAAGCAAUUGUUCCGAUUCUUUUAUUUUACGAACGGGAAGUUGGAUUCUUAUCUUUCAUGCUAUAUUAAUUUCUGUCAUCUCUGCUUGGUUCCUUUGGCCACAUGAUGCAUUUCAUCUUGUAACAAUUUCUUCCAAUAUACUACAAGUUAUAGAUACAUUAUGUUUAUUAUAUGAUUGUAUGCCAAAUGUUAUUUUGGCUGAAAUAUUGGCAGAUUUGCCACGACAAGUAUCCUUUGCAUUUUCAGUACUAUAUCUUGUCGGAAUCAUUUAUUCGAUUCCUGUCUUAACACCGACAAACGUUUCGUAUCCGAAUAAUUUUGUUCCAAACAAACAUUUUGUCGACAUUGUAGCAUUCUGUUUAAUUUUAGGGCCUUUCAUUAUAAACACUCCAAUUUCUUAUAUGACAGGCCUUUAUGCAGAAAGCAAUCCCAUAACUGCUAAUAAAUUGUUUGAGCAACGACCAAAAGGUGAAACCGCGAUACAACAGAAAUUGGAAACAGUACAAGUCGCUUCUACUAAUCUUUCAACUGUUGCAACAGUCUUUGUCAUUUGGGGUUCUCUUUUUGUGCUCGUAUCUUUUACAUUUGGUGUCACCUACAAAACUUUUACAGCCAAUAAUGAAACUAUAAAUAUUUUAUAUUUUAUCGCUUUAAAUGUUUUCGAACCAUUUUGUUUUCAAAUCUCGCAAUUCAUUAUAAUAUACAACGCAACAAAGACAACACCACAUAAUGCACAAUUUGGUCGAACGUUCAGCGUGUUAAAAACUUCAAAUCACCCAUACAGAGCAUCAAAUUCGAGAUUAUCGAAAUUAUCAUCAUCGAGAACAUCGAGAACAUCGAGAAUAUCAAGUUCGAAAAUAGAACACGGCAUGACACAACCUGUGUCCUUGGUUCCUAGGGCACAUCUAUUAUCUCCACCAGGAGAUCGUUCUAGUUCUAUGAGUCGCACAAGCUCAAGAUCCAUAAAUAGCACUUUCUCAAAAAUCAAUUUUGAAUUGAACAACACGAGUUCGUCAAACAAAUCAAAAAAUCUAAAUGAAACUCUCGAUAUGAUAAGCAAUGAAUCUACAUCGUAUUAUUCUAUCGGAGAAAACCUUGCAGCAUCAAGUCGAGGAAAUUCUUUUAUUGAUUCCAAUUCAAAAGAAAUUAAUAGCCAAAGAUCGAGUUCCCAACUUUCUGGCCAUGGAAAUUAUUCUGAUUCUUCUUCAUUACCCUUAAAACCUCAACGUUUAAGUAACACUAAUUUAUUAAUACCCAUAGACUGA